AAAGACGUGCAUCUUUAUUCAAGCUUAUUUUUUUUUUGCAAAGUGAAACAUUUGAAGACCUCCCCGCUUGCUGCUGAAGAUGAUUUUUACACUUUAUCGUGUUCCUGGCUGUGGUGGGAAUGUAAAUGGGGAACAUAUCUGAUUUCUUUUUUUUUUCUGUGCAGCUCAGGGAGGCAGCAGAUGCUGGAACAAUCUCAGACACAUCACUCAGUCCCGGACAGAGCACCGGGAUGGGACAGAGUGAGAAGGCGCCGAGCCAAGGUCAACACAGAUGUGUCGAGCCAUCCAAAGGAGAUGCCCAAGAAAACAGAACCGGUCUGUUCUGCGCUCCAAUGUGGGACGGAUUUUUGUGCUGGAAUGAGACACCGGCUGGGGAAUCGGUAACUCUGCAGUGUCCAGAUCACCCUGACCUCGGUGCAACCGAAAACGUGACCAAAUAUUGUGACAAAUCAGGUGACUGGGUCCAAACGGGCGCCGCUUGUGGACCACCUUUAAAGAGCAAAAUAGAGGAAAUGAGUUUUUUAAAGGAUGCGGCAGGAGAGCCAACCACAGAAGCCAUGUGGGUCAGAACAGAAAAGAUUAUUCUUGAAAAUGAAAACAAAUGCCUAGAGAAAAUGAAGAACGCGCCACCGUAUAAUAAAUCAGGCUUGCACUGCGGUAGGAACUGGGACGGCUGGCUGUGCUGGGACGAUACGCCGGCAGGAAGCUACGCAUCCCAGAACUGUCCUGAUUACUUUGUAAGCUUUGACCGCACAGAACAGGCAAAAAAGUACUGUGGAGCAGAUGGAGAGUGGUUUCGUCAUCCAGCGAGCAAUAAAAUUUGGACCAAUUACACACUCUGCGUGACAACCGAUGACAAGAGGCCAGCGAAACUCAAAGUGGAAGAAAAUGAACAGAAAUGUCUGCAAAAAAUGAAACGAGACCCAGCACUCAACAAAACAGCGCCGUACUGCAGUCGUAACUGGGACGGCUGGCUGUGCUGGGACGACACACCGGCAGGUACCCUUGCCUCUCAGAGCUGCCCUGAUUAUUUUUCUGACCUUAACCCCACAGCAAUGGCUACAAAGUACUGUGCAGAAGAUGGGCAGUGGUUUCGCCAUCCAGCGAGCGGCGUGACUUGGACUAAUUAUACGCUGUGUAUUGACGACAACCUGGAGAUAUUGAGGGCGACUGCGCAGUUCUCCCGAAACACUGAGGUGGAUCUCACCAGUGAAGCCACAGAGAGUCCAGAGGUCCAACAAAAGAAUCGGGAAAUUGUGCGGAAAAAAAUCCUUGACAACCAGUACAAAUGUUUUGAGAAAAUUAACAGAGAUCCACCUUACAACAAAUCAGGUUUGUACUGCAGUCGGAACUGGGACGGCUGGCUGUGCUGGGAAGAUACCCCAGCUGGAACUUACACAUCCCAAAACUGCCCCAACUACUUCGAUGACUUCGACCCCACAGAGAAGGCAACAAAGUAUUGCGGGGAGGACGGGCAAUGGUUUCGCCACCCGGACACCAACAGGACAUGGUCAAACUACACACUCUGCAAUGAAAACACUAAGGCAAAACUAAAGUCGGCUUACAUCCUGUUUUACAUGGCUAUUGUGGGCCACGCUUUAUCCAUAGCCUCCCUGCUUAUCUCUCUGGCCAUCUUCUUCUACUUCAGGAGUUUGAGCUGUCAAAGAAUCACCCUCCACAAGAACCUGUUCUGCUCCUACGUGCUGAACUCUGCCCUCACCAUCAUCUACCUUGUCACCGUGGUCAACAAUCCCAAAGUGGUGGCCAGCAACCCGGUGAGUCGCCUUAAAUCAGAAUGUACUUGUUGUGCCAUCAAGCCUUCCCGUAUCCAGUCAUAUUCAAUACAUUUAAACUUUUGAUUUCUCAAAUCAGAAGUAUCUUUUGAGAAUAAGCUUAUUUUCAUUGAGCCCACAUAUCUGUCUUUUGUUUUAUUGAGGAAUAAAUAAAGGCUUGAUAACAUUCGUCUGUGUGUAGUUUGCCUUUAUAAUGCUUUUUACUUAGUAAAUUGUCUCUGAAUUAGAAUAACUUUUAAAUAAUAUUUGUUGAAUAUGACUGAAAAUUGACAACCAAUACAUAAUUUCAGCCUUAUUGCCUCCCUUAAUGAGCUAAAAAUUUUAACACUUGGCCAAACAGAAAAAAAAAAAAAAAAAAAACACUUGUG